UUCACCGCCUCUCGGUCACCAGAAGCCGGUCUGGCAGUCUGAGCAGGCCAUCCCUGUAGCCACAUCGGUACCAUCUCCCUGCUGCAUCCCCCUCUCUCUCCUCACCUUCAUCUCACCAUCCUUCCUCCUCCUCCUCCUCCUUCCUGUUGUUGCGCCUCCGCUGCAGCUCACAAGUUCCAGAGAGAGCCGAUCCUCUCCGGCACAACAAGUCUGCCUUCAGGUACCCCUCGCGGGAUGUUUUUAAUGUGAUGAGAUAAAUGGGCCGCGCAGGAUGUGAAGCCCCGAAAGAAGAAGCAGGAGGAUGGCGACGCGGGGCUUGUCUGCGGCGGUGCUGCUGCUGCUCCUGCUGGGCUUCUUCCUCUCGGCGUCCACCGUUAAAGCCGACGCUCUGCUGUCAGCUCCACUCAAUGUGACCAUCAGAGAGCUGGAGGUCAACUCGGCUGUGGUGACGUGGGAGAUUUUGGAGGGAGAUCCCGUCAUUGGAUUUGCAAUUACCCAACAGAAGAAGGAUGUGCGGAUGUUGAGGUUCAUCCAGGAAGUAAACACCACCACCCGCUCCUGCGCGCUGUGGGAUCUGGAUGAGGACACCGAAUACAUCGUCCAUGUCCAGAGCAUCAGCAUGGGAGGCAGCAGCCCCCCCAGUCAGCCUGUUCUCUUCAGGACGCCAAAAGAGUCGGAGAAAAUGGCCUCCAAGAGUCCAGACGAGGUGACAAUGGAAGAGUAUGGCCAGGCCCAGCUGAGGGCAGGAGAGCUCAUCAUCAUUGUUGUGGUGCUCGUCAUGUGGGCAGGGGUGAUCGCCUUGUUUUGUCGUCAGUACGACAUCAUCAAAGACAACGAGCCCAACAACAACAAGGACAAAGCCAAGAACUCCUCAGAGUGCAGUACACCUGAGCACCCACAAGGGGGGUUACUGCGCAGCAACGUCUAGGACCAACCUUAUAUUGCCUUCUGCAAUAACCAACCUAAGACCUCAGGACGGACCCUGAGACCAACAGAAAGCCAUUCUCAGAAAAAAAUAAACACUGAAGAAAAGAUUAAACUAAAGGGAUCUUCUUCACUCAAUGGAGAACUGGCUACAAGCAGCCAAACUGGUGACAGGAAGACAGGAUUUUGUUGCACCCAAAGCUGGACUCUCGCCUCCUUCCUGCCGAUGUACAGCGGACUCUUGACUAGAGCUGCUUAAGUCAUACGUUUUUGUUACGUCUCAUUGUUAGCAUGGAGCCCCCGGGAGGGCGGGGGUCAGUUAUCGGAUGUGAAUGUCAAUUUAACAUCUGGAUGACAGCUGAAAGGUGGGGGGAAGUCCAGAUCAGCUGGUCCAGGUAUCAAUCAGCACACAACUCCAACUAGCUUUCACGUAUGCAUUAUUUCCUUUCCGUCUUUGUUCCUGCCCUCUUCAUCUCUCUUCUUGUCUCUCUGUGUCGGUGUGGCUCUUAUAAGCACAUUGCUGUUUGGUGCUCCUCUUACUGUGUUUGCUCGAACAGUCCCAGCCUUGACUGCGGUAUGAGUUUUAUCAAGUAUUGCAUGACGAGUGUCGUCUCCAGCCUUUUCCUCUAUCCUUACAUCAGUUAAAUGAUGCAUCUGUUCUUUUGUCUCACUAACUGGAACUUUAAACUCUCCCAUUAGUUCAGCGUCUCAGACUUGACAGACUUAUUACCCCCCCAGCCUAUAUUUAACCUGCACGGCGAUGACUGAGUGCAGCUAUGACUCAUGCAGAGUUCAAGGAUUGACAAGGAGUCCCUCACCCACUUUUGAGUUAUUAUCACUUCCGACUGUAAAAUGAAUAGGCCCGCUUGCUGUGCCAACUUUUAGAAAGACUUCGCAGCAGGGUUUGGGGAAGGUAUUGAAGCCUGGUUGUACAGCACUGCAUAUUCAGCACCGUAUGCUGUUUGUGGUCUGCAGCAGGACGAGUGGGGAAUACGGAUGGGGCAUUAUCCCCUGAUGCAUUAAGAAUUUGGCUGAGUUUCCCAUGUGGUUUGGCCAAGCACCAGCAGGGAUGCCAGGAAGUGAAGGCCAAAAGAGGACGCACUCAGUGGUGGGGUCUAUACUGGACCCAGAUCUGUCACUGAGUGCAAGUUCUCAGAGUCUUUUUUUUUCAACUCACUGUAGGGGAAGACAGGAUGAAAUAUGACUCACCUUACAGAGGUAGAAUCCAGCCAAUGCGUGUGUAAUUUAGUCAUACAUCUGAUUCCCCAAAAGAGAUAACUAGACUAAAAACAUUUAAUGUAGGGGUUGCAUUUUGUUCAAUUAUUGCUGCAAAUGAAGGACAUGUUUUGUAAAUGGAAAUAAAAAGAAAUGCAAUCCUGGGAUAAAACUUUGUAAAAUUUUAUAAUCUAAUUAAAUUUUUUGAGUGACUUUUAAUUUUAU